AGAGUAAACUCAACUUAUGCGGCAUCUCGUUGAGCCGUCCCUGUCCAAGGUCCUGAAAUCUGCUUUCCCAAGCAUGCGUCAUGUGACUUCACCCAGCUCUGCCUAGCUCAGCACCAAGCCUACUGGUUUCUGGAGAUUUCAUGUGAGAAAAGGACAAACCUCGAACCCCCUUUUUUUCCUCUCUCAUCUUGCGUCUGCGACUGUUUUCACGGCCCUCUUUCGCGUCUCUCUGUUUUUUUUUUUACGCAUUCGGAUAAUGUGGACCUCCAAAGCGCUCGCAGUAUGACAAAAGAUUUUAGGAUGCUGGACUUGUGCUCCUCGUUCUGUUCCUCUCUUUUUACUUAAAUGCCAACACGGUGAAUGCGUCGGACAGAGUGGACAGGGCUGCUGCUUAGAGGUCCGCAUUCACAAAGUCUUGCCUUUUCUUUAUUUGAUGUGUUAUUUUAGGUUCUUUUUCUGACUUCAGGAGGAUGUAACGACAGAUCCACCUUUGCGCAGCUGAAGUGUCCUCAUCAAAAUGCAGAAGGGAAUACGACUUAAUGAUGGUCAUGUCACCUACCUGGGGCUUUUGGCAAAGAAGGAUGGUACGAGACGCGGGUGCUUGAGCAAAAAGAGCUCAGACAACACGAAAUGGCACACAAAGUGGUUCGCUUUGUUACAGAAUAUGCUCUUUUAUUUCGAGAACGAGUCCAGCUCUCGACCCUCGGGAUUAUACCUGUUGGAGGGAUGCAUAUGCGACAGGGCGCCUUCACCGAAACCUUCACUGUCAGCCAAGGAGUGUUUGGAAAAGCAGUACUAUUUCACAGUCAGCUUUACCCAUGAAAACCAAAAGGCACUUGAGUUACGCACAGAAGAUGUAAAAGACUGCGAUGAAUGGGUGGCUGCAAUAUCACACGCCAGUUACAGAAACUUGGCUACCGAGCAUGAGACUCUCAUGCAGAAGUAUCUUCAUCUGCUUCAGAUUGUGGAGACGGAGAAAACAGUUGCUAAGCAACUUCGACAACAGAUAGAAGAUGGGGAAAUAGAGAUUGAAAGGCUUAAGUCAGAGAUCGCUGGACUGCUCAAAGACAAUGAGAAGAUCCACGCCAGCCCUGCAGCCGCGCCUACUGACGAUGACUCAGAAAUUAAAAAGAUCAAGAAGGUCCAAAGUUUUCUGCGAGGUUGGAUUUGCAGGAGGAAGUGGAAGACCAUCAUCCAGGAUUAUAUCCGCUCACCUCAUGCAGAGAGCAUGAGGAAGAGGAACCAGGUGGUGUUCAGCAUGUUGGACUCGGAGGCAGAGUACGUCCAGCAGCUUCAUAUCUUGGUGAACAACUUCCUGAGGCCGCUACGCAUGGCAGCCAGCUCCAAGAAGCCACCCAUCACCCACGAUGAUGUCAGCAGCAUAUUCCUCAACAGCGAAACUAUCAUGUUCCUACAUCAGAUAUUUUACCAGGGUCUCAAAGCCAGAAUAGCGAGCUGGCCAACAUUAGUGCUCGCCGACCUCUUCGACAUCUUGCUCCCGAUGCUGAACAUCUACCAGGAGUUUGUGAGGAACCACCAGUACAGUCUGCAGAUCCUGGCUCACUGCAAGCAGAACCGAGACUUUGACAAACUGCUGAAGCAGUAUGAGGCCAAGCCUGACUGUGAGGAAAGGACUCUGGAGACCUUCCUCACCUACCCCAUGUUUCAGAUUCCCCGCUACAUUCUUACUCUCCAUGAACUCCUGGCUCACACACCUCAUGAACAUGUCGAGAGAAACAGUCUGGACUACGCCAAAUCUAAGCUGGAGGAGCUUUCCAGAAUAAUGCACGAUGAGGUGAGCGAGACCGAGAACAUCAGGAAGAACUUGGCAAUAGAGCGCAUGAUCGUAGAGGGCUGCGAGAUUCUCCUCGACACCAGUCAGACCUUUGUAAGACAAGGGUCUCUUAUCCAGGUGCCAAUGAGUGAGAAGGGCAAGAUCACCCGUGGGCGACUGGGCUCUCUGUCUCUGAAGAAGGAGGGGGAGAGGCAGUGCUUCCUCUUCUCCAAGCAUUUAAUCAUCUGCACCAGAGGUUCUGGGGGGAAGCUUCAUCUCACCAAGAAUGGAGUAGUCUCACUUAUAGACUGCACUCUCAUGGAGGACCCUGAGGGGACAGACGAUGAGUCUAAAUCAGACAAAAGCGGCCAGGACAUGGAGCACCUGGACUUCAAGAUUGUCGUGGAGCCAAAGGACAGCCAGUCAUUCACCGUCAUUCUGGUGGCCUCCUCAAGGCAGGAGAAGUCUGCAUGGACCAGUGACAUCAGCCAGUGCAUCGACAACAUCCGCUGCAAUGGCCUGAUGAUGAAUGCCUUUGAAGACAACUCCAAAGUCACAGUACCACAGAUGAUCAAGUCAGAUUCAAGUUUGUACUGCGACGAUGUGGACAUUCGCUUCAGUAAGAUGAUGAACUCCUGCAAGGUGCUGCAGAUCCGCUACGCCAGCGUCGAGCGCCUGCUGGAGAGGCUGACUGAUCUCCGGUUCCUCUCGAUCGACUUCCUCAACACCUUCCUGCACUCCUAUCGCGUGUUCACCACCGCCGAUGUGGUGCUGGAUAAACUCAUCACCAUCUACAAGAAGCCCAUCAGUGCCAUCCCUGCUCGGUCCCUGGAGUUAUUCUUUGCAAGCAGCCAGAACAGUAAACUCCUAUAUGGAGAGCCUCCCAGCUCCCCCAGGGCAAGCAGAAAGUUCUCCUCCCCUCCUCCUCUCGCUAUUGCCAAGAACUCAUCCCCAAACCGCCGGCGCAAGCUGUCUCUCAACAUCCCCAUCAUCACUGGGGGCAAAGCUCUUGACCUGGCUGCCCUCAGCUGCUCCUCAAAUGGCUAUGCAAGCAUGUACUCCUCCAUGUCCCCAUUCAGCAAGACCACCUUGGACAUCAACAAACUGUACGUGUCCAGCCCGAUCUCCAGCAAAAUCUCUGACGAGGGCGAGGACAAGAAGGACAAGGUGGAGGAUACCUCAGCGUGUAAACAAGAUCUCUCCGUACGAGAAGAAAGUGACAAUGAUCAAAACCAGAGCGAUGACGGAGACCCGGAAGCAUCUCCCACCAAAUCUCCAACCACACCAAAAAACAUCAAAUGCAAAAACUCCUCAGAAUUUUCCCUUUUUUCCUACAACAACGGCAUGGUGAUGUCCUCGUGUCGAGAGCUUGACAACAACCGCAGUGCCCUGUCUGCUGCCUCUGCCUUUGCUAUUGCCACAGCUGGAGCCAAUGAGGGCACCCCUACCAAGGAAAAAUAUCGACGGAUGUCCCUCGCCAGUACAGGUUUUCCAACAGAUCAGAGAAAUGGAGACAAGGAGUUUGUGAUCAGACGAGCAGCAACCAACAGAGUCCUGAAUGUGCUCAGACACUGGGUGUCCAAACACUCUCCGGACUUUGAGAGCAACAACGAGCUGAAGACAAAGGUUAUUGCCUUCCUGGAGGAAGUGAUGCAUGACCCUGAGCUGCUGACCCAGGAGAGGAAAGCAGCAGCCAACAUCAUCAGGACUUUAACUCAGGAAGACCACGGUGACAAUCAGAUCACCCUGGAAGACGUGACACAACUGGUUGGAGGAGGGAAGACUGAGCCCUUCGAGAACCACUCUGCAUUGGAAAUUGCCGAGCAGCUCACUCUGCUGGAUCACCUGGUGUUUAAGGUCAUCCCAUAUGAGGAGUUCUUUGGUCAAGGCUGGAUGAAGAACGACAAAAACGAGAAGACGCCGUACAUCAUGAGAACAACGAAGCACUUCAAUGAUAUAAGCAACCUCAUCGCCACAGAGAUCCUGCACUGUGAGGACGUGGUCUCUCGGGUAGCCGUCAUAGAGAAAUGGGUGGCUGUGGCCGACAUCUGCCGCUGUCUUCACAACUACAACGCUGUGCUCGAGAUCACCUCCUCUCUGAACCGCAGCUCCGUUUUCCGCCUUAAGAAGACCUGGCUGAAGGUUUCCAAGCAGACAAAAGCAUUGAUCGACAAACUGCAGAAGCUGGUCUCGUCAGAGGGCAGGUUCAAAAACCUGAGAGAGGCUUUGAAGAACUGUGAUCCUCCUUGUGUGCCCUAUCUGGGGAUGUACCUCACUGACCUGGCUUUCAUCGAGGAGGGAACGCCAAACUACACCGAAGACAACUUGGUCAACUUCUCAAAGAUGAGGAUGAUUUCUCACAUCAUCAGAGAAAUCAGGCAGUUUCAACAAACAGCUUAUAAGAUUGACCUGCAACCAAAGGUAGCCCAGUAUCUCAUGGACAGGAGCUCUGUUCUGGAUGAAGAAAGCAUGUACGAAGCCUCACUCAGAAUUGAGCCCAAAACGUCCAACUGAUGGGAAAGGUGGUCGUCCACGUUAUUUUCUCUGUUAAUAUUACACAUCGGUUAACAUACACAUUUGUAUAGUUGUACAUGUUUAAGAUAUUUGCUCUUCUGUACAGUAGACGUUUAAGCUUGUUUGAUGACACAAAACAUUUUAGUGUAUAUUUUCCAGUAUAGAUUUUUCAUGUGUUGCCAUUGCCAUGACGACACCUGCCUAAAGGAUUUCUUUUUUUUUUUUUUAAAUUUCUUUGGGGUAUUUCAAGAAUAAUAAUAGAGGUCACUUUAGUCGCAUGCAACUGUGUCUCUUAGUGACCAAUGACAUUAUUUUGCAUCAUGUCAUACUGUGUCGAAUUUGCACUUUCUGAGCACUCGUGCUGCUGGCCGUUGUUCUCUUGGCUUGAGUUUUAUUGACGACUGAGUUUCUCUGCAACCAAUGUAGCAUUGUAAAAAUGAACUGCAUAAAAAUCAGGUAAAAGAGCACAGAGAACAGAAAUGUAUUUAAAGAGAGGGAACAAUGAUCAGUGGAAAUGGCAGAAAGGUAUCCAAAGCAUAAGUGUCUCUGUGCUUCCCAAACCAAAACAAGGAGGAUCUGUUUCUUCAUUUCUGUUCACUACUCUAAAGACAGGGGUUCCCAACUGUUUUUGCACCACUUUCACUGCUUUUAUGUUAACAGUGGACCAGACAAACAGGACUAACUGGGUAUGAAACCAAACAGGAAGUGCAGCUCAGCAUGUUGUUGUGGUUAUAUAAUAAAUAGAAAAAAAUAUUGCAUGAAUGCUCAAAACCUAUAAUUUGGUGACAUAUGAGCAUGCAGCCAUGCAGGAUGUUUCAUGCUCAAAUUUAUGAUUUUGACAUGGUAAGAUUUAGUAGGAAUAAUGAGAACCACUCUUACCCUCUCAGUUUAUCUUGUUCACACGCUCACAUUUACUAAUUUGCACUAAACUCAUAGAUUAUGAGAAUAUUAUUGGUUUUGCAAGUAUUAGUCACGUCCUAACUAAACCUUUGACCUGAUUAUGGCACAAGGUGAAAAGUUAAAGACCCCUAAAGUUAUUGCAGUUCAUCCUGAAGGACUCAUGAAUUCAUGCACCAUAUUUCAUGGUAAUCUAUUAAACAGUUGGUGAGAAAUUUUGCAAAAAAACAAAAAACAAACUACAAAUGUAAACCUGCAUAUGCUGCAAGAGGAAAAGUCAAGGGAUCACCAGUGCUAGUAGGCUUCAGUCUACAGAUCUGUACCAAAUUUGUUAAAAAUAUACCAAAGCUGUUAAAAUAUUCCACAAAGUGGUGGUCUGACAUGGCUAUCUCUAGAGUCAUACCAUUUCCAUGGCCAAAAAUCAAACUACAAUUUUCAGGACUGCCAAGUGGAAUUAGUUUGUUUAUAGACAACAUUAAAGAGCAAUUCAUGUUGACAGUAACAGACCAAAGACUAUAUAAAAGCUGGAUGUAGCCUCCAGGUUUGAAAAGUGAAGCCAAUGCAGAAGCAAUUUAAAUCUGCAUUCGAUUAACUACCAGAAGAGGGCGACUCAUUGCAAUGCAAAAAAAAAACCGUCCGAUUUUAUAAAAUCUUUUGAGGACAUGGCUCUAUUCCGCACUUGAUUUGUCACCUCAGUUGGAAUCUUUUUUCUGAGUUUAUGAUCUGAAAUACUAGUUUCAAGUCUCCUACAAUACAGCAUGAUGUUCAUUUAGUUAUACUUGAUAGUUAUGGUCCCAUUAAGAGCAAAAUAGACAAUAAUGUGAGAUAUGCUUUAGGAUGUGGCUACAUUGUGCCUGUUUAUUACUGUAUGGCUGUGCUUAAGUGUUCAGAUGCAUCCUUCACUCAUCACAUCCAGUUUCAAAAUACCAAAACUGUGAUUGCCAAAUCCCAAAAUAAUAGUCCACAAACUAAUGCAUGAUGUCACUGUGGCUACAUCCAUCUUUUAUAUGCAGUCAGUGGCACAGACCACAUGAGACCAGAUGUGAUGCAAAGUGCGGGACAGUCUGUGUCAACUAAAUUGUCUGUAAAGUUUUAGAAUUUUUUUCCUGCCCAGUAGAAAUGUUCUAAGGCCUGGUGAUGGUCCACAACCCAGAGGUUGGGAACCUCUGCUCUAACAAACAUGUCUUCAUUAAUCUUAAACUGAAAGUUUUCAGUGUAUUUUUGUUUGUUAAAUAGUGAUACACUUCCUUAGAAGCCUGUUGACACACGAAGAUUCUAAAUUUCCAUUUAGACACCUCAGUUUAAUUAAUAUAAUCAGCUGUUAACUGCGUAACAACAUACAUCACACCAUUUUAGACUGGUGUGAUUUAAGGAUUAGUCAUUUGAACUUGUUGUUACACUCAAAGUACACAAGUACAAAGAGAUUUCCUUUGACUUGAAUUUCUUUCUCUUGUUUAAUUCAAACUCAUGAAAAAAGAUCACACGCAGUGGUAAGUGUUGUACCUUCAGGUUCGGGUUCUACUUCUGUAGAGUAAAAGGUUGUUGCUCUUCUGUAAUUAAAAGACAAUCUGUCCUUUUUGCUGUUCCAGUGAUUGUGGAACGUGACUGUAUAUCACUCUGUUAUAUGCAUUGCUGUUAAAAACUAUGAUAAAAUGUAUGUGAAUGACCUCUGCCUGCAGCAUUCAAACACUAUUUUUGUAGUAGUAUAAGAGAGAGUGACCUGCUCUUUAUAUGAACAUGGGAAAGUAUUUUGUACUUUGUUGUUAAUUCACUUCACUGAGAUGUGCUGUACAUUUUGUACAUGCAACCUGGCAUAUUUCUCAAUGUGGAACAGUGUAAUCCUUUCAAAAACAAGUUGUAUCUCAAGCUUAACACGAAAUGCUACAACAGUGUGGUCUUGAAACCAUGACUUAGAGGUAGGAGACAACUUCAAAGUGUUUUGCAUUUAUACUGUAAUCCUGUCUAUAACCAUUUCUGUUAGCAGGAAUAUAGUAACGUAGUGCUUAUUCUGUGAAUAUUUGUAUGUAUUUUUACUAUGUAUGUACAGUACACUUUUGAAGCUCAUGUGGUAGGCAUGCAACACCUUCACAGACAGAAUAAUACUAUAUACUUAUACUGUAUACACUUAUACAUGCACAUACUCUUAUAAAGGUAUAUAAACAAAUAAACAUUUUGCUGUUAGCAAUACCCAGUGGUAUGAAAAUUAUCUUUCAACCCUCAUGUUUCCACAGCUUAAGAAAUAUUCCCAGUUUUGUAAGAAAAAAAGAGAAAAACAGUAUAAAACACAUGAAGAUGACAAUAACAACAAAUAAACAAAAAUAUGUUUCCCAGUUACCUCUUGCUAAUAAAUCCAUAUUAUCUCAGGGGCAUUUUGUCUCAAGUGUUUUUGUAGAUCAUCUAUCAGUUGACAUCAUGCUCAUCUAAUAUGAUGAAAUAAAAUAAAAUAUCAAAGUUUUAAACAUUAUAAGCAACUCUCUGUUCUGGCAAACAAAGAUGCACAGCAGCCUACUGUAAUUAACAAAAGUGUAAAAUCCAGAUUUUAUGUGAGAAAUACUAGCAUAUUCUGAUUUUUUGCAGACUUAACGCACAAACUAAACAUGCACUAAAACAUAACACAUGAUUUUGGAACAAACAUAGUUUUUGCUUAUAUUUAAGUUAUAUAAUAUGUUACAUUUUAAAGAUAAAAGGAAUAUCUGUUCCAGGUCUAGAGAUGACAGUUGCAGUCAGGGUUUGUUGUUUGUUUCUUUGUUUGCAGUGUAAUUUAUUGUGUUUCAGUGUCAAUUUACGAUAUAAAUCUUUAGCCAUGGCUGGACUAACCUGCCCUAGGAUUUAAAAAAUGGUUUGGGGCCUUUAUUUUAUUACUAAUUAUGCAACCAUAGUAUAAACUAAAAUUAAAUUACAGGCUAUUUUGAUAUAAGGGGGAUCAUUUCAUGCUUGAACAGGCUAAAAAAAAAAUUAGCAACGAUGAAGAAGCCGGCCUUGAGAAACUGGCCUUAACUGAUAAAAUAACAUGUUCUUUUUUUUUCAAUGCAUGAGCCAAAUACAAACGAUCAAUAAACAGUGAACCAAAGGGGAA